AUGACUGAAGAAAAUAACACCUUGAAAAAUGAGUUUAUCCUCAAAGCAUUUAUGGAUCACCCAGAGCUGAAGACUUUCCUGUUUGUACUGUUCUUUGCCAUCUAUCUGAUCACCAUGGUUGGGAACGUUGGUCUGGUGAUACUGAUUUCAAAAGAAUGCAGUCUUCACACACCAAUGUACAUCUUCCUGGCAAACCUGGCUCUUGUGGAUUCUUGCUGUGCCUGUUGUAUUACCCCCAAAAUGCUAGAGAAUUUCUUUUCUGAAGACAGAAUUGUUUCCCUCUAUGAAUGCAUGGCACAAUUUUAUUUUCUUUGCACUGUUGAAACUGCAGACUGCUUUCUCCUGGCAGCAAUGGCUUAUGAUCGCUAUGUGGCCAUAUGCAGUCCGUUGCACUACCACACCACGAUGUCAAAGAAAUUAUGCAUUCAAAUGACCACUGGGGCUUUCAUAGCUGGAAACCUGCACUCCAUAGUUCAUACUGGACUUUUAUUUAGGUUAGUUUUCUGUGGAUCUAAUCAAAUCAACCACUUUUUUUGUGAUAUUCUUCCUUUAUACAGACUUUCCUGUGUGGAUCCUUAUCUCAAUGAAUUAAUACUGUUUAUCCUUUCAGGAUCAAUUCAAGUCUUCACCAUAGGCAGUGUCUUAAUAUCUUAUCUCUACAUUCUUUUUACCAUUUUCAAAAUGAAAUCCAAAGAGGGAAGAGUCAAAGCAUUUUCCACCUGUGCUUCCCACUUGCUGUCUGUCUCAUUAUUUUAUGGAUCUAUUUUCUUCAUGUACAUUAGACCAAAUUUGCUGAAAGAAGGAAAUCAGGACAUACCAGCUGCUAUUUUGUUUACAAUCGUAGUUCCUUUACUAAAUCCUUUUAUUUAUAGUCUGAGGAAUAAGGAAGUAAUAAAUGCCUUGAGAAAAAUUCUGAAGAUAAAAUCUCAAGAAAGUAUGAAAAAAUUGACAGCUACUCUGGCUUAA